AUGACUUCAAUUGGAACUGGAUAUGAUUUAUCAAAUAGUGUUUUCUCCCCAGACGGAAGAAACUUUCAAGUAGAGUAUGCUAUGAAAGCAGUUGAAAAUGGCGGUACUUCAAUUGGAAUCAAAUGCAAAGAUGGUGUAGUUUUAGCUGUGGAGAAAAUAAUAAAUUCCAAGUUGUUGGUUCCAGGGAAAAAUAAACGAAUUCAGACUGUUGAUCGUCAUAUGGGAGUAGUAUACUCGGGUCUACUUCCAGAUGGGCGUCAUUUUGUAAAUAGGUGUCGAGAAGAAGCCCAGUCGUUUAAGUCGAUUUUCAAGAUUCCAAUACCGGUUCCUAACUUGAUGGAUAGAAUGGGUAUAUACGUACAGAACUAUACCUGCUAUAACUCUGUAAGGCCCUUUGGAAUUGUUUCGAUAGUAGGGGGGGUAGAUGAUGAUGGCCCUCAUUUGUACAUGAUUGAACCUAGCGGCACAUGCUGGGGAUAUAGUGGAGCAGCAACAGGGAAAGGACGUCAAAUAGCCAAGUCUGAAUUGGAAAAAUUGAAUUUCGAAGAGAUUACUUGUCUUGAGGCUAUAAAGGUUGCCGCAAAAGUGAUACAUUUGGCUCACGAAGAUAAUAAAGAUAAGGACUAUGAGUUGGAAAUUUCAUGGGUAAGUGCAGAGCACACGGGAGGAAAGCAUCAAUUUAUUCCAGAGGAUCUUUUGGCUGAAGCUAGAAAGUUAGCAGAGGAUGACGAGGACGAGGACGAGGACGAAGAAGAGGAAGAGGGUGAGAACAACGAUAACAAUGACGAGGAUAUGGAGACCUGA